AAGGGGAAGAUACUAACUAGGAGAAGAAGGAAGAGGAGGAAAACAAGAAACAGAGCCAGUGUGUGCGAGUCUGUCAGAAGUCCUGGUCAGUGAGCGCCCUCAGAACAGCAGCCCCUUGGAGCCAUGGGCCCAGCUGCUCUGCUCACCCUGCUGGCCUCAGCAUGGCAUGCUCAAGGGGUGCCUGUGAUAGAGCCCAGAGGCCCUGAGCUUGUGGUGAAGCCUGGUGAGUCACUGAGCCUGCGAUGUGUGGGAAAUGGCAGCUUGGAAUGGGAUGGCCCCAUCUUCCCUCACUGGACCCUGGACCCCACUGCCCCACAAAGCACCCUGACUACCACCAACACCUCCUUCCUGCAUACGGGGACCUACCGAUGCUCUGAGUCGAGGGAUCCACAGGGAGGCAGCGCAAGUAUCCAUGUCUACGUCAAAGACCCUCUCCGGCCCUGGAGACUGCUCGCUGAGGAAGUGACAGUGGAAGAGGGCCAGGACGCGGUGCUGCCCUGCCUGCUUACUGACCCCUCGCUGGAGACUGGCGUUCUGUUGAUGAGGACAAGAGGUCGCCACGUGUUGCCCCAGACCAACUACUCCUUCUCCCCCUUGAGUGGAUUCACUAUCCACAAUGCCAAGUUCAUCGAGACCCAGACAUACCAAUGCAGUGUUCGUGUGGGUGACUGGACCGUGUCGUCACUGGGUAUCAACCUCAAAGUGCAGAAAGUCAUCCCAGGGCCACCGACCUUAACCCUGGAGCCCAGAGAGCUGGUGCGAAUUCGAGGAGAGGCUGCCCAGAUUGUGUGUUCAGCCAGCGAUGUUAGUGUCAACUUUGACGUCUACCUCCAACAUGAAAACAAUAAGCUCUCCGUAGAUUACCACUCGGAUUUCCUCGCAAAUCGUUACCAGAAAGACUUGACCCUCAGCUUCAAUCCUGUAGACUUCCAGCAUGCUGGCAACUACUCCUGCGUGGCCACCAAUGCCAAGGGUGUCCGUUCCUCCUCCGUGGUCUUCCGGGUGGUAGAGGAGGCCUACAUAAACUUGACCUCCAAGCAGAACCUCUUCCAGGAGGUGAAGGUGGGAGAGAGUCUCAGCCUCAGUGUGGAUGUGGAGGCCUACCCGAACCUGGAAGCUUUUAACUGGACCUACGAGGGACCCUUCGCUGACCAGCAGCCCAAACUCAAUUUUGUUACCAGGAAGGACACAUACAGGUACAGCUCCACUCUCUCUCUGUCCCGUCUGAAGGACUACGAGGCUGGCUACUACUCCUUCCAAGCCAGCAACACCAGAGGGCCCCAAGCCCUCACCUUUGUGCUCACUCUUCGAUACCCCCCAGAGAUAAUAUUACUCACAUGGACCCUCAUUAAUGGCUCUACUGCUCUGAUUUGUGGUGCCUCUGGCUAUCCUCAACCCAAUGUGACCUGGCAGCAGUGCUGGGGUCAGACUGACAGGUGUGAUGCAACCCAAUCGCAGCUUGUGGGGGAUGAACAGACUGAGGUCGUGAGCCAGGACCCCUUCCACAAGGUGAUGGUUCAGAGUCUGCUGAUACUGGGAGAUAUGGACCACAACGUCACGUACGAGUGCCGCACACACAAUAGUGAAGGCAACGACUCCCAGACCAUCAGGCCCAUUACAACAGGAGCUACCAAGAGACUGAAGCAGGAGACCCUCUUCACGCCGAUGCUGUUAGCCUCCAUGUCAGUCACGGCCGUGCUGCUGCUGCUGCUGCUGCUGCUACUGUACAAGUACAAGCAGAAGCCCAAGUACCAGGUGCGCUGGAAGAUCUUGGAAAGCUACGAGGGCAACAGUUACACCUUUAUUGAUCCCACGCAGCUGCCCUACAAUGAGAAAUGGGAGUUCCCCCGAAACAACCUGCAGUUUGGGAAGACCCUUGGAGCUGGUGCCUUCGGGAAGGUGGUGGAGGCCACGGCUUUCGGUCUGGGAAAGGAAGACGCUGUCCUGAAGGUGGCAGUGAAGAUGCUGAAGUCCACGGCUCAUGCUGAUGAGAAGGAGGCUCUCAUGUCGGAGCUGAAGAUCAUGAGUCACCUGGGCCAGCAUGAGAACAUUGUCAACCUCCUGGGAGCCUGCACGCAUGGAGGCCCUGUCCUGGUCAUCACCGAGUACUGCUGCUAUGGUGAUCUGCUCAACUUCUUGAGGAAGAAAGCCGAUGCCAUGCUGGGUCCCAGCCUGAGUCUCGAUCAGGACACUCCUGAGGUCAUUUCUGCCUACAAGAACAUCCACUUGGAGAAGAAAUAUGUCCGCAGGGACAGCGGCUUCUCUAGUCAAGGUUUGGAUACCUACGUGGAAAUGAGGCCUGUCUCCACAUCUUCAAAUGACUCCUCAGAGCAAGACCUGGACAAGGAAGCUGGGCGGCCGCUGGAGCUGCAGGACCUGCUGCAUUUCUCCAGCCAGGUGGCCCAGGGCAUGGCUUUCCUGGCUUCCAAGAAUUGCAUCCACCGGGAUGUGGCAGCCCGAAAUGUGCUGCUCACCAAUGGGCAUGUGGCCAAAAUUGGGGACUUCGGCCUGGCUAGGGACAUCAUGAACGACUCCAACUACAUCGUCAAGGGCAAUGCCCGCCUGCCUGUGAAGUGGAUGGCGCCCGAGAGCAUCUUUGACUGUGUGUACACCGUGCAGAGUGACGUGUGGUCCUACGGCAUCCUCCUGUGGGAGAUCUUUUCACUUGGGUUGAAUCCCUAUCCAGGCAUCCUGGUGGACCGCAAGUUCUAUAAGCUGGUGAAAGAUGGCUACCAAAUGGCCCAGCCUGUGUUUGCCCCAAAGAAUGUCUACAGCAUCAUGCAGGCUUGCUGGGCCCUGGAGCCCACCCGCAGACCCACCUUCCAGCACAUCUGCUCCCUCCUGCAGAUGCAGGCCCAAGAGAACACCAGAGCACAGGACUACACCAACCUGGCUGGUGGUAGUAGUAGCAGCAGCGAGCCGGAGGAGGAGAGCUCCAGCGAGCACCUGGCCUGCUGCGAGCCGCGUGACACUGCUCAGCCCCUGCUGCAGCCCAACAACUACCAAUUCUGUUGAAGGGAUGUCACGGCACUGCCUUUCCCCUCCAGGCUCCUCAUGGACAGGUGCCAUGGGGAGGACGGUCAUCAACAGUCUGAUCCAGACCUGAAACUCAGGAACACAGGACUCACGGUGGCCAGAGGGGAGUCCUCUAGAUUCUGGGCCAUCACUGCCAGUCAGGAGCUGGGGCUAAGUCCCUGUUUCCACUCCCAGUAUCUCAGGUUCUCACUGCUCAAGAAAUUUCCCAAACAUGCAUACUCUCAGCCCUUUACUCUUCCUUCUGUUCCUUGCAUCCCCAUGGAAAGAGGAUGGAUUGUGUGAAGUCCCAGAGUUGCCCUCCACUGAAAAUGGGGCUCAGCACAAGGAACAGAUAGGUUCUAGAAAUGUUUGUGUGGUCUCCUCUUGGUUUGUGCCCCAAGUGUCUUGCUAAACUCACCUGUUUGGGCCUCCUGUCACUGUAAUGAGCUGGGGUGGUUAUCUCAUCCCCUCAGCACUUGGAGCAGAAAGGCAGGGGACCAUGUGGCUGGCCACACUGCACAUGCACCCCAAUGACUAACAGUCCCACUAUGGGAGUUAGCAUUAAACUAACAGCAUUAACAGA